UGUCAUCCAUCCAGUUGCACAAAUUCCUUCUUCUAAGCGCAAGCCCCCUGCAGGGAAAUCCCCAGACCACACUAUAAAGAGACUUCCCUCUCCAUGCUUCAUCAGAUGUGUCCAAGCUGGGGAGAUGAAGUCCAUCAGUGCAGCUGGGCUGCUGUUUCUUCUGCAAAGUGCAGUUGCAGCAAAUGUCACUGCAGCAAGGCCAACAGCUGGGCCAUUUGCUAAUGUGACUGGUUCUUUGGAUGACCACAAAGUUUGCCGAUGUUCCGUGUUCUUACCAGACACCACAUUCCCUGUGCAGAGGAUGGAGAGCCUUGAGAUCUUAGCCCAACAGCUCUCAAAUAAAUUUGAGAGUGAGCUUUCAAAAAUUACCAAGUACACCAAAGAAAUUGAAAUGUAUGAAAAAAAGAUUGUAAACCUAACCAUCAAGAUUGAGCGCAUGGAGAAGACGAGCGUUUCUUAUACUGAACUGGACUUCCAACUGAUGAAACUGGAAAUCAGUGAAAUGGAGAGGCUAGUCACACAGCUGAAAAGUACACUAACGGGAAACAAUGUGAUUGUUGAGCAGCUGUAUGCAGAGAUUAAGAAUUUGAGUCUCAUGGUGAAUGAACUGGAAUCGUUGGAUAAGCAUAACAUCCUUGCAGUCCGCCGAGAAAUUCUGGCUCUAAAGAAUAAAUUGCAAGAAUGUGAAGCGAAUACAAACCAGAGCACCACCAACCACUACAUCCCUCCUGGAAGCUGCAGUCAUGGUGGAAUUGCAAAUGCCAGCCAGCCCUUUGUGAUUCAGCUAAACUGGAGAGGAUUUGACUACAAAUAUGGUGCCUGGGGAAGAUAUACCUCUCCGCUGAACCCUGAAAAGGAGCUCUAUUGGGUUGCGCCACUGAACACUGAUGGAAGAUACCUGGAAUAUUAUAGACUUCAUGAUUCCUUUGAUAAUUUAUUGCUGUUCAGAUACUCUAAUCAAUUUAGAAUUCUAUAUGGCCAGGGCAGUGGCAUGGUUGUUUACAACAACUAUAUGUAUUUUAACCAACAUGGCUCAAGAGAUAUGAGCAAACUAGAUUUAAGCACCAAUACCGUGGUGCUGAAGAAAACUCUUCCAGAUGCUGCUUUUAACAAUCGGUUCUCAUAUGCAGGGGUGUCAUGGCAAGAUCUGGAUUUUGCUGUGGAUGAGAACGGAUUGUGGGUAAUUUACUCAAAAGAAGCUAGCACAGGUAAUAUCGUGAUUAGCAGACUUAAUGAAACAACUCUUGAGGUGAUCAGUACAUGGGAAACAAGGCAGUACAGGCCAGCCGUGUCCAAUGCUUUUGUUGUAUGUGGUGUGCUUUAUGCCACAAGGCCCAUCAAUACUAGGAAAGAGGAAAUAUUUUACACAUACGACACAAACACAGGAAGGGAAGGUAGAACAAGCAUCACUCUAGAUAAAAUGCUAGAAACAAUUCAGAGUAUCAACUACAGCCCUAUAGAUGGGAAACUUUAUGUGUUCAAUGAUGGCUACCUUGUUCAGCAUCAGUUGACCUUCCAGACACUUCCACAACAAAAGUGAAGCAGAGGAAGAGGGGAAAGCAGGGGUCUGACCUGUUUGUAACUCAUCUGUACUAUUUCCCAAUAUUGCUGCUACAUUUCUGAGGGGUGAGGGGCAGAAAUUUAAUAUUGCGUGUUUAGACCUUUUACCUUUCCCCAAAAUAAAUUCACA